AGCGCUGGUAGCGGCAUGUCGAUCAGCGGGCGGCUGACAGGGGCCCGAGCCCGGGCGCCUCUGCAUGCGGGUCUCUUCGAGACUUGGCUCCGCCGCGGGCGGACCGCGUCCUCCUACUCCGCUUCCUCUGAGCCUUCCAAGGUGCGGGCGCUGAUCUAUGGCAACCACGGGGAUCCGGCCAAGGUCAUCCAACUGAAAAACCUGGAGCUUACUGCUGUGGAAGGAUCUGACGUCCACGUGAGGAUGCUGGCAGCCCCUGUCAAUCCAUCUGACAUAAAUAUGAUCCAAGGGAACUAUGGCCUCCUUCCCAAGCUGCCUGCUGUUGGAGGGAAUGAAGGCAUCGGACAGGUGGUAGCAGUGGGCAGCAGUGUGUCUCGACUGAAGCCGGGAGAUUGGGUGAUCCCAGCAAGUGCUGGUUUAGGAACCUGGCGGACUGAGGCCGUGUUCAGUGAGGAAGCGCUGAUCGGAAUCCCUAAGGAUAUCCCUCUCCAGAGCGCUGCUACCCUAGGUGUCAACCCUUGCACAGCCUACAGGAUGUUGGUGGACUUUGAACAGCUGCAGCCAGGGGACUCUGUCAUCCAGAAUGCAUCAAACAGUGGAGUGGGGCAAGCAGUCAUCCAGAUCGCCUCAGCCCUCCGCCUAAAGACCAUCAAUGUGGUCCGAGACAGACCUGACAUCCAGAAGCUAACUGACAGACUAAAGAAUCUGGGAGCUGACUAUGUCCUCACAGAGGAGGAGCUAAGGAUCCCCGAGACAAAAACCAUCUUCAAGGACGUGCCCCUGCCCCGACUGGCUCUCAAUUGUGUUGGUGGGAAGAGUUCCACAGAGCUGCUACGGCACCUCGCGCCUGGAGGAACCAUGGUGACCUAUGGGGGAAUGGCCAAGCAACCUGUAACAGCCUCUGUGAGCCUGCUCAUUUUUAAGGACCUCAGACUUCGGGGCUUCUGGUUGUCCCAGUGGAAGAAGAACCACAGUUCUGAUGAGUUCAAGGAGCUGAUUCUCACGCUCUGUGACCUCAUUCGCCAAGGCCAGCUCACAGCCCCCGCCUGUUCUGAGGUUCCACUGCAGGACUACCAGCAGGCCUUGGAAGCCUCUGUGAAGCCAUUUGUGUCUUCAAAGCAGAUUCUCACCAUGUGAUUGUCUCAGAGGACCAGGAGGAAAGCAAGAGUGGAGACCAGAGGAGGAGAAGAGCCGGCCUUCCUUAGGACAGGAUGAAGACUAGAGGUCAUCCCUGUGGAGGACUGCGCACCUGCUGCCUCACAGCACCAGGAAGCCCCUGCCCUGCCUGACCACUCUGAACACAGAGAGGCUGGGGGAUUGCUGCCAAGUCAGAAGUCACACCCUCAGCAGUGUGAGCCCUAGGGUCUGGCAGAGGGGGAAAGUGUGUGUCUGUCCAGGGCAAGGGGAUCUGCUGCCAAGGUGAGUGCCAGGCUGAGAUCAUUAAAGCUUAAGAGACCAGAACACAGGAUCUCAGGUGUCUGGGCCACCUUGAGGGGACUUCCUUUGUAACUGAGGGAAUAAACAUUAUACCUGUGGCUCUCAGCCAGGGGCCAUUUUUAACCCCAGAGGAGCACUUGGCUAUUGCAGCUUGGGGAGGGAGUUGUUAUUGCCGCAACUGUGCAGAGAUCAGUACUGCUAAAUAUUUUACAGCAGGGCAAGGUAAUACACACCUAGAAUCCCAGGAAUCGGCAGGCUUAAGUCAGCUGGACUGCCACAUGUUGGAAGCCAGCUUGGGCUAUACACCAAGACUGUCUCAAACUUUUUUUCUUACAAAGGGGACCAGGGCGGGGCUGGAGAGAUGGCUCAGUGGU